GUAUAAAUUGCUGGGGUUACCGCGGUUUACUCGAAAUCUCAAAGAUGCCGUCAAUUAAACUUGCCAGCUCAGAUGGGGAAGUUUUUGAUAUUGAUGUGGCUAUUGCGAAACAAUCGGUGACCAUCAGAACCAUGUUGGAUGACUUAGGAUUGGAAGAUCAAGGGGAUGAAGAACCUGUGCCUCUACCUAAUGUUAAUGCUGGGAUUUUGCGAAAAGUUAUUCAAUGGUGCACUUAUCACAAAGACGAUCCACCACCCCAGGAAGAUGACGAAAAUAAGGAACGCCGUACAGACGAUAUUCCUAGUUGGGAUCAAGAGUUUCUUCGUGUCGAUCAAGGGACAUUGUUUGAACUGAUGUUAGCCGCUAAUUAUCUAGAUAUCAGGGGACUGCUGGAUGUUUGCUGCAAGACAGUUGCCAAUAUGAUCAAAGGAAAGACACCAGAAGAAAUACGAAAAACUUUCAACAUUAAAUGUGACUUUACACCCCAGGAAGAAGAACAGGUAAAGAAAGAAAACGAAUGGUGUGAAGAAAAAUAAAUCAAAUGAUACUUAUUUUUAAAUCAUUUAAUCUUGGCACAAACUCUCCUAUGGAUUCAUGUUGGCAAAGAAAAAGUGUAGCUGCUUUAUCAUUGUAUUUGGACAUACACAUAUAAGGAGAAUUUUCCCGUAUUCCCUUCAACCUUUGUAAAUCAUAUUUUACUUUUUUUUCUCCAUAUGCAUACAUCCAUUUGUUUGUUCAUUAUAGAUUGACUUAUUCUUCAUUCACUAAACUCAGUGUGUUGAAUAGUGUUUUAUGUUUUGUGAACAAACUAACCUACAUACACAUAAGACGAUGUAUAUUUUAAAUGAAGUAUUUUAGCUGAAAGAUCAGUUAUAGUUUUCUAAAGGAAAUUACCGUAAUCAGUUACAUGCAGGUAAUUAUUAUUAUCAUUGGAUAGAUGUUUCGUAAUCGCUCAACCGAAAUAUACAUUAUGCUACCACUCA